CUCCAGUGUUGGAGGAUGAACUCUUGGGCCAACAAGGAUACAGAUGACGGGGCCCCAGAAAUCAAGCAGUUCAGAAGCGAGGAUGAAGAGGAAGACAAGGCGAAACACAAGGAGCUCCGCCUGCGGAAUUAUGCUCCGGAAGAUGAAGAGCUCAAAGGGCGGGUGGUGCCGGCAGCCAAGCCUGCCUCCGUGGAAGACAAGGUGAAAGACCAGCUGGAGGCUGCCAAGCCCGAGCCCAUCAUUGACGAAGUGGACUUGGCAAAUCUGGCACCCAGAAAACCUGACUGGGACUUAAAGCGAGACGUUGCCAAGAAACUGGAGAAGCUUGAGAAGCGGACACAGAGGGCAAUUGCGGAACUGAUCAGAGAGAGGCUGAGAGGCCAGGAGGAGAACUUGGCGUCGGUGGUCGAGUCGGCAAAGCAGGAAGGAAGUGAUUCAGACUGAGGCAAUCUCUCCGGCUGCCUCAGGAAACUCUUUUCUCUUGGUUCAACUCCGCAAGGUGGGUUUUGCCCCAAAGGACCCGUGAAGAAACGUCUCAACGGAGGACUAUGGUAGAACUCGGGGGGGGGGAGCAAAUGGGAUUUGUCUCCAGGCCAGAAAAAGAGGUGGCCAGGCUUGGAGUGUGCAAAGGGGCUCCGUAUCUUUUCCAGGCAGGGAUUAUAGGGGAAGAGGAUGCUUUUUGACCUGCAAGAUAAGGGAUGGGGAGACUUCAGACGUUGGACCGCCGUUCUCGUGGAGGAAGAGCCGGGAGAAAGACGGCCACGGGCACGGCUCAGACCACUGGCAGAACUCUGUCCAGGCAGAGGGCUUUGGCACACCAGAAGGAAGGUCAAAGCAAUGUAUGAGGAAAGCCCAGGGAAUCCGUGGAAGAGAAUAAUGGGGCUCCACUCACUCCCUUUUUGGCUCUCCCUUCCCUUCCACCUUGAAAGACCUGCCACCCUGUGCCUUUUGAGCAUAUAGUUGUCCUCGGAUCAAAUUGUGCUACCUUGUAUGGAGUGGCUUUUAUAAUAAAAUAUUGCAGAAAUAA